AUGACUGCAUUCAGCAAAUACUAUGAAGCCGAGUGGGGAUCCGAACGAUGGCCGAUUCUACUAGAGGCACUCAAACGACCGGUUCGACAUUGCAUCAUGAUUAACAAAUAUGCUCAGAUUGACCAAGUAAAGGCAAAGCUAAAAGAUACCUUGCACGACUUGAUCAUGCUUGACUUUUUGAGUAUCCCCUGUUAUGCAUCCAAAACAUGCUCUCGAUUCCCGCCACCUUCAAAAGAUAGCCAUGAAAUCACCGAUUAUUAUAUCCUCGACGCUGGUUCCGUUCUGGCAACCGAGGCUCUAGACAUUCAGCCAGAGGAUCACGUUCUGGAUCUAUGUGCGGCGCCAGGCGGCAAGACAUUGUCCAUCUUGCAGCGUUUGGAUAAGCAGUACGGACGGUUGACAUCGAACGAGAUCGCGUCUGAUCGUAGACGACGGUUGCGCCAAGUCAUUGAGUCUUAUUUACCGCCUGAUGUGCUCGCAGAUGUCAGUACUGUUGUCGGCAGGGACGGGACACGAUACUAUGGUGAGCCAGAGCAGUAUGAUAAGGUCUUGUUAGACGCACCUUGUUCGUCUGAACGUCAUCUGCUGCAUGACGAAAAGGAGUUUGAACUCUGGACACCCAAACGCACUCAAAUGAACGCCAAACGGCAGUUUUCUUUGCUCAAGGCUGCAGUGCAUGCCGCUCGCGUCGAUGGAUUGAUCUUGUACGGUACUUGUUCUAUUAGCUCACUAGAAAACGAUAAAGUCAUUGAAAAAAUGAUCAAAAAGGGCAAGAUUCCUGUGGAACCUGUCAAGAUGAAAUGGGCUAUUGGUGAAAGAACAAAAUACGGAUGGAUCAUCUUGCCUGACAAGACCGAUGGUUGGGGUCCCUUAUAUUUUGCUCUUUUAAAACGAACAGGUGUCUCAAAGGAGGAUGGCGAAGAUAGUGAGAGUAGCGAUGACAAUGAAUAA